AUGACUGACAGAAGGAGAAUCAAUGGACCGCCUAGCGGCACGAGGCCCGCAAUCUUUGCCUCCUCUCUCGAUGCCUCUACCAUUGCAGCUGCAAGACCGCAACGUCAAAGGCAACCAAAUGAAUUGCGGAAAAUCUUCCUGAAAACCGGCUUGAUACCUUCUGCGUCUGGUUCCGCCUACCUUGAGUUUGAACCGUCGGCCUGUCUCUCUUCUGCACGAUCAUCUCCCAAGUCUCUCAUCCCACCAUCAUCGGCGCUGAAGCUUGCAUGCACUGUUCAUGGUCCUAAACCACUCCCUCGCUCUGCUACGUUUUCGCCCAAUUUGGUUCUCACGACCCAUGUCAAAUAUGCCCCAUUCGCUGCGCGGAAGAGGAAAGGACAUAUUCGCGAUGCCAGCGAGCGAGAUCUUGGUGUGCAUUUAGAGACUGCUCUAAGAGGUGUCAUUGUUGCCGAGCGUUGGCCAAAGAGUGGACUGGAUAUUACGAUUACGGUUCUAGAGGCGGAAGAUGACCGUUGGUGGGGUGAUGCGCCGGACUCGCAUGAUUCCCCUUGGGGGAUGAUGAAUGUGCUGGCGGGAUGUAUAACAGCGGCAUCUGCAGCUAUUAGUGAUGCCCGGAUUGACUGUCUCGAUCUUGUGGCUGGGGGAGUGGCAGCCCUGGUCUCUGAAUCGACGAAGGCGGAAGACUCGGCCCCGAGGCUGAUGCUUGAUAUGGACCCAGCAGAGCAUCGGUCUAUUGUAUCAGCAUGUGUGGUGGCAUAUAUGCCGUCUCGAGAUGAAAUUACAGAGCUCUGGCUCAAGGGUGACAGUUCAAAAGCGUCUCUUCGAGCCAAUGAUAAACGCCUUGGACAUGAUGCUUUAAUAGAUGGUGCCGUAGAUGCAGCUCGAGGAGCACACACAGUCCUCGCGGAGGCAGUGAAAGAGUCUGCCAUGCGCUUUGCUGGUUUAGGUUAG